UUAAAAAUUAACAUUAUUUAAACUUCUCCCUCCACCUUAAAAUAAAGCCUCCAUUUUUGUUUUGUUUUGGUUUGAUCUUUGAUGUCACUAAUCACUCCCACUUCUUUAGCUUUCCUGUUGGACUAGUGAAAAAGCUUCUAACUUUACCAAAACCCACCAUGGCAAGAACCACAAGAAGCUCAUUAUCUUCCAUUUUCUUGAUCUUUCUCACUGUUUCUUGUGCUCUUGACCCGACCCAUUUCGUAUUGGGUGAAGAUGGGCAACAGCCCAUUAAAAGCAUUGUGGUGUUGGUUCUAGAAAACAGAUCUUUUGAUCACAUGAUUGGAUGGAUGAAGAAAUCUAUCAACCCAUCAAUAAAUGGUGUCACAGGAAGAGAAUGCAACCCAUUUUCAACCAACAUUACCCGGAAACAAGACCAAGAUUCCAUAUGUUUCACUGAUGAUGCAGAGUAUGUGGAUCCGGAUCCGGGUCAUUCAUUUGAGGAUGUUGAAAAACAGGUAUUUGGGUCUAACCAAAUUCCUUCAAUGACUGGUUUUGUUGAACAAGCAUUAUCGUUGUCUCCAAAUCUUUCUAACACAGUUAUGAAAGGCUUCAAGCCUGAAAAUGUGCCAGUUUUUGCUAAACUAGUUCAAGAAUUCGCAGUUUUCGACAGAUGGUUCUCUUCUAUCCCUGGGCCAACUCAGCCCAACAGAAUGUUUGUAUACUCAGCUACUUCUCAUGGGUCAACAAGCCAUGUCAAGAAACAACUAGCAACAGGCUACCCACAAAAAACCAUAUUUGAUUCACUAUAUGAAAAUAAUAAAACUUGGGGAGUAUAUUUUCAAAGCAUACCAACAACUUUGUUUUAUAGAAAUUUGAGAAAGUUGAAGUAUGUAUUCAAGUUUCAUGAAUAUACAACUUUUAAAAAACAUGCUAAAGAUGGAAAGUUACCAAAUUUGAGUGUUAUUGAGCCAAGAUACUUUGAUAUUCCUGGUUCACCAGCUAAUGAUGAUCACCCAUCACAUGAUGUAGCAAAUGGUCAAAAGUUAGUGAAGGAAGUUUAUGAGACAUUAAGAGCAAGCCCACAAUGGAAUCAAAGUCUUUUGGUGAUAACUUAUGAUGAACAUGGUGGGUUCUUUGAUCAUGUCAAGACUCCUUAUGUUAAUGUUCCUAACCCAGAUGGGAACACUGGUCCAGCUCCUUCUUUCUUUAAGUUUGAUAGGUUGGGUGUUAGGGUGCCCACCAUUAUGGUCUCUCCUUGGAUCAAAAAAGGCACUGUGAUUAGUAGCCCAAAGGGACCAACAUCCAGUUCUGAAUAUGAGCAUUCUUCUAUCCCUGCUACUAUAAAGAAGAUGUUCAAUUUGUCAUCCAACUUUUUAACUCAUAGAGAUGCAUGGGCUGGAACCUUUGAGCAUGUGGUUGGUCAGUUGAGCUCUCCAAGAACUGAUUGCCCUGAGGUCCUGCCUGAAGCUGCACCUUUGAGAGAAACCGAGGCAGAUGAAUCAAGAGGCCUGUCUCAGUUUCAAAGCGAAGUGGUUCAGUUAGCUGCUGUGCUUAAUGGUGACCAUUUCUUAAGCAGUUUUCCAGAUGAAAUGAGCAAGAAAAUGAACGUGAAGAAAGCUAAUACAUACGUGAAAGGAGCCGUUUCAAGGUUUAUAACGGCUAGUAAAGAAGCUAUCAACUUGGGUGCGGAUAUAUCUGCCAUUGUUGACAUGAGAUCCUCUCUCACUACCAGAACCGUGGUUCACAAUUAACAAUUGGCAGUCAAGGUUUUACUACAACUAUAUCAAUGUAUCUAUAGUUUUUCCUGGUUUUAAACUAAAAGUUUCGGAGCCAGAUUUUGUUUAGAACAUAUAUGUAAGUAUCAUGUUUCGUUGGUUCAAGUUAAUGAAUGUGCAAAGUUUAACUACA